AUGCGAGAAACAACAGAGGAAUGUAAAUAUCAGACUUCGAAGAUAAGUAUUUAUGUAACGAAAGAUAGGAUGAUUUUGUUGGAUUGCCAAGCAUUGUUUUCUGCCGCUAUUCUUGAUGAUGUAUUAAGAAAUCGCCCAUCAAUUUAUCAAAAAUUGGAUGAAUUAAGCAAAGGAAAAGCAGAAAUUGCUGUUGAAAUUGAAUCUCUGCAGUUCAUAUCAUUCUUGUUGCAAAUCUGUCAUACAGUUUUGUUUUGUUUCGACUGGUUCUUGGAUAUUGAUGUUAUUCGACAUGUUCGCGUCGCUGAAAUGCUUCGAAUUCCACCACAUCCGUUUACAAUAUUUAAUGAGCAAGUUUCACCCAAACCACAUCGUCGAACUAAUUUAGUUUUUGUGCACAAUCGAGCUGAAGCUGAAGAUUUCUUGCCUUGUACAAUAAUUCAUCGAUCAAAUAUUCUUAACCGUUUAUUCGCCGAUUCUUCUCUGAAUAUUAAUGGUGGAUUAUCGGUAUUGGAUAUAUUACCUGAUUCAUUCAAAGGAAAUUCUACUAGAGUAAAUUACAUCCCACUUCCUGAUUUCAAAAAUCGUUCUAAAUUCGAACAUUUUCAAUCGGAAUAUGAUCAAUUGCCUGAAGGAAUUAUAGAUUAUGAUAAAAUCAUUAAAAUGUUGAGAAUUCGCUUGUUAGCAUUGCCAAAGGAUGGCUUUACUAAUAAAGAUCAAAUGCUCACGGAAAAGCAGUGGUACUGUUUGGCUAGUAAAACAUGGCGUUCUUCAUGGUCAAAUGCAGAUCUCGCGAAAUUUGCAUCAUUUAUGACCAGCAGCUAA